AUGCUAAUACCCAGUAGAUACAUUUUGGAUGAAGAGAGACUCCUGUUUCUUGCUUUACCACAUAAGAAAUUGGCGGAAAAACAAUUACAUUUUGGGCUUAAAUUAAAUACGGGUCAAGUUAGUAGAGCCAAUAGUGGUAUAGGCCUGGAAACUGCCAAAGCUCUUGUUAAAAGAAAGGGUCGAGUUAUUUUUGCUUGCAGAGAUAUUGCUAAAGCAAAGGAAUGUAUCGCGGCAAUCAGAAGAGAACAGCCCAACGGAGGGGAGAUGAUCCCCAUGCAAUUGGACCUAGCAUCCUUUGAAUCUAUCGAGAAUUUUGUAGAAGUUGUUAAGGCCGGCUUCAACAAAAUCGACGUGCUAAUCAACAAUGCUGGUGUUGUUGUGCCCUUGUAUUAUGAUCAGAAAACCAAGGAGGGCUUCGAAAUACACUUUGGUGUUAAUCAUCUCGGCCAUUUCUACCUUACCACUCUGUUAUUAGACCUAUUAAGAAAGGCUACGCCAAGCAGAAUAGUCAUUGUCUCUUCAACACUUCACGAGCGCGGUAAAAUCGACUUUGACGACUUAAACUUAAGAAAGGAAAUUGAACUCGCAAAGAAAAACGGCAGCGGACGUCACAAUGCUGGCUAUUGCAACUCCAAGCUAAUGAAUGUUUAUUUCGCGAGGGCCCUUGCGCACAAACUGAAGAAUGGUGGGGUUGACGUCAACGCCUGCUGUCCUGGAUUCUGCGCUACCGGUCUCUUUAGGCAUUCCAUAAGAUGGUAUCACUACUUCCUGAUGGCACCUGUGAUGUUAUUCUUCAUGAAAACUCCAAAACAAGGCUCCGAAACUGUAGUAUUCUGCGCUUCCGACUACACCAUCGAAGGUAAAUCAGGAAAAUUCUUCCGUAACUGCGAGGAAGUAAUGCCUAAAUACGAGUUCGACAGAGAUGUAGAGGCCAAACUGUGGGAAGUGAGCGAAGAGCUCAUCAAGGCCAGAAAGCCCCUAUGA